GGAUAUAAUGUAGAGCGAAGCCCAUGCAAUGCAACAUGUCUAUAUAUCAUAUCAUCUUGUGCCCAUUUAAAGAAAACAUGAGUAAUACACAUUAAUUAGUGAGAGAAAUUAAAGCUCAUCUCAUCACUGUUAGUUGCAGAAUUAAUUGAUCAAUGGAGCAACCCAAACAUCAACCGCCGGAAUGUCUCUCCCUCCGGACGGAGCUGAGGACGCAAUGGCGGAUCAGCGUUCCCUUGGUGGCGAUGAACUUCACAUGGUUCGCCAAAACCGCCAUCACCACGGCCUUCCUGGGGCGCCUCGGCGAGCUGCCCCUCGCCGGCGCCACCCUGGGCUUCACCUUGGGGAACGUCACCGGAUACUCCCUCCUCAACGGCCUCUGCGGCGCCAUGGAGCCCAUCUGCGGCCAAGCCUUCGGCGCCAAGAACGCCCGCCUCCUCCACAAGACCCUCCUCAUGGCCACCUCCCUCCUCCUCGCCGUCUCCAUCCCCAUCGCCUUCCUCUGGCUCAACGCCGAACGCAUCCUCAUCAACUGCGGCCAGCAGCGGGAGAUCGCCUCCGUCGCCCGCCGUUAUUUAAUAUACCUCAUCCCCGAUUUGGUCGUCACCUCAUUCAUCUGCCCUCUCAAGGCCUACCUCAGCACUCAAAACGUCACCGUUCCGAUCAUGCUCAGCUCCGCCGCCGCCGUGGCGCUGCACAUCCCGGCCACCCUCCUCCUCGCCCGCGCCAGGGGGCUGGAGGGGAUAUCCAUGGCGGUGUGGAUCAGCGAUUUGGUCGUGGCGAUUUUGCUCGCGAUUUACGUGAUUUUGUGGGAGCGGAGGAAGGGAGGCAACUGGAAGGAAGGGGGCUGGUUUGAGCAGGGGGGCGGCGAGUGGGGGCGCCUCCUCAAGCUCAGCGGGCCCUGCUGCCUCACCACCUGCCUCGAGUGGUGGUGCUACGAGAUCGUGGUCCUCCUCGCCGGCCGCCUCCGCACCGCGCGCCGCUCGGUUGGAGUCCUAGCCAUAGUCAUAAACUUCGACUACUUGCUCUACUCCGUCAUGCUGUCCCUCGCCACGUGCGCCUCGGUGCGCGUGGCGAACGAGCUCGGCGCGGGGCGGGCCAUGGGGGCCCGUCGCGCGGCGCGGGUGUGCCUGUGCGCGGGGGCGGCGGGGGGGGGGGUGGGAGGGGCGGCGGGGGCGAUGGCGGGGGCGUCGGGGGUGUGGGGGAAGGUGUUCAGCCGGGAGGGAGGGGUGGUGGGGGGCGUGAGGAGGGCGAUGGUGGUGAUGGCGGCGGUGGAGGUGGUGAACUUCCCGCUGGCGGUGUGCGGCGGGGUGGUGAGGGGCACGGCGAGGCCGUGGCUGGGGAUGUAUGCGAAUGUGUGCGGGUUCUAUGUGAUAGGGCUGCCGUUGGGGGCGGUGUUGGCGUUGAAGCUGGGGUUUGGGUUGAGGGGGUUGCUGCUGGGGCUUCUCGGUGGGGUUGUGGUUUGUUUGGUUUUGUUAUUGCUCUUUCUUGCCAGAAUUGAUUGGGAUGCUGAGUGUCGCAAGGCGCAAAUGCUACAAGAUUUGGUUAAUGAUCAUCAUAAUCCCAACCCCUCCUCCUCACCAUGAUUCAAAGAAUUCGUUUUUUUGAAUAUACGCUCAUUCUCAGGCUUUCAUGAAGAAAUCGAUGGUAGAAGGGAUAUUUAGAGUGAAGUGUUGUGCUCUUAUUAUUUCUUUCUAAAUUCUAAUUCAUCAAAUUAACAGAUAGAAAUGUGACUUGGAUUAUUUACGAUCUGAGCCAAUCAAACUGAUUUAUUUCUUAAUUUGAUUUA